CUCAGGGCGGGGCAGGGACUGCGCAAUGAAAUGGUCCGGCGAGUGAUCGCUGCGCUAGCAUUCUGCAACCUGGUUCUCGCCGUGCUGGCUUGCUAUGACCUUCCCGGAUGGAGCGACGGCGGCGGAGACACCUGCGCAGGGUACGUGGACGAGGCUUGGUGCAGCUCCGACCGCGGCUACGGCGCGGGUUGGGAGGCCAGCUGGGGCAGCUUCGAGGACUACGCCCGGGAGGGGCUCACGGCCGUGGCCGCCUGCUGCGGCUGCGGCGGGGGCCUCAGGAACGAAAGCAAUGCUUCCGACUGCGACCAGACCCAGUGGCGCGAUGCCAAGGGCUUCAGCUGCCAGGACUACUUGGAGCUCGCGUGGUGCAGCGGCGGCUGGUUGAAGGAGCGAGGCACAUAUCAGGAUCAGGCGGACGCAGGAGGCGUUGAUGCGAUCGCAGCCUGCUGCAGCUGCUCCGUGAACGGAAGCCUCGACAACUCGUGGUUCGAUGCCACUGGGCGAAACUGCGAAAUCUACAACAACGAAAAAUGGUGCCUCGAUGGUGGCUAUGGCCCAAGUUGGAAGGUCAGCGACGGUACCUUCGCUGACUGGUUGAACCCGUUCGACAACCGCUCAGCUCAAGAGGCCUGCUGCGGGUGCGGCGGCCCUUGCACUCUGCUGAAGAGCUGCCGGAGCUCGGUGACCCUGAGAAGCCAGGCAGACGUCGAAGCCUUUGCAGCCACGGGCUGCCAAACCGUGCCCGGGGAGCUGAUUAUCACUGGGAAGGUUUCGGACCUCCGUCCGUUGACCCUCCUCGCGGUUGGCACACUCUCGGUGCAGGAUUCAGACGCUCUGGAAGUCGUCAGCUUGCAG